AUGAAAGCUGCGGUUGAAAGGACUGGAGGACUUGUUGUUUUAUCAGAAAGUUUUGGUCAUUCUGUAUUCAAGGAUUCCUUCAAGCGAGUAUUUGAAGGUGGCGAACAGUCUCUCGGACUUUGUUUCAAUGGUACACUUGAGAUCAACUGUUCGAAGGACAUAAAAAUCCAAGGGAUUAUUGGACCUUGCGCGUCAUUGCAAAAGAAAGGCCCUAGCGUUGCUGAUACAGUUGUUGGGGAGGGGAAUACUACAGCAUGGAAGAUGUGUGGUCUCGACAAAAGUACUUGUCUGACGGUCUUCUUUGAUCUUUCCUCAAGUGAUCAAUCAAAUAAUCCUGGAGCUGUGAAUAACCAGCUAUAUAUACAGUUUAUGACAAGCUACCAAAAUCCAGAAGGUAAAUCCUUACUUCGAGUAACUACUGUUACCAGACAAUGGGUAGAUACUGCACUUAGCACAGAGGAAUUGGUGCAAGGUUUUGAUCAAGAAACUGCUGCUGUGGUGGUGGCCAGAUUAGCUUCCUUUAAAAUGGAAACAGAGGAGGGGUUUGAUGCUACUCGAUGGCUAGACAGGAACCUUAUUCGUCUUUGUUCCAAAUUUGGUGAUUACCGGAAGGAUGAUCCUGCAUCAUUCACUCUGAAUCAAAACUUUUCACUUUUCCCUCAGUUUACAUUUAAUCUCCGGCGUUCACAGUUUGUCCAGGUGUUCAACAACAGUCCAGACGAAACUGCGUACAACCGCAUGCUAUUGAACCGAGAAAAUAUCUCAAACGCAGCUGUUAUGAUUCAGCCAUCUCUAACAACUUACUCGUUUAGCACGCUGCCUCAGCCUGCGUUGCUGGAUGUUGCUUCCAUCGCUGCAGACCGUAUCCUCUUGCUGGAUUCGUACAUUAGCGUUGUUAUUUUCCAUGGCAUGACCAUAGCGCAGUGGCGCAACUUGGGCUAUCAAAAUCAGCCUGAACAUCAGGCAUUUGCACAACUCUUGGAAGCCCCUCAAGAAGAUGCGCAGAUGAUCAUCCGUGAACGUUUCCCUGUACCGAGAUUAGUUGUAUGUGAUCAACAUGGAUCUCAGGCAAGGUUUUUACUAGCUAAGCUAAAUCCGUCAGCAACAUACAACAACCCGAGCGAGAUGAAUGCAGGUUCUGAUGUAAUCUUCACGGAUGAUGUUAGUCUCCAAGUCUUCUUCCAACAUCUUCAGAAAUUGGCUGUUCAAUCUUGA